GAAGAGGGGACAGAAGAAGAGGAGGAUCCGGGACUAACCAUGGCUACGGCUGACAGCGGACCGAAGCCUCUUCAGAAUGCCAUGAAAAUGGCUAAAGUAGCAAUACAGCUGGACGGAGGGAACAAACACAAGGAAGCUUACUGUGAAUAUCUCCGGACUAUCAACUUCAUAUCACAUGCACUUUUGGAAGAAGCUGGGUCACAAAAGGAGAGGGAGAUAGUGGCGGUGGAGGUGGAGCGGAUGUUGAGGCUGGCUGAGCAGUGUCUGGAGCGAGCCAAGUCGUUUAUAGGGAAGAGCGCUGACCCACCCGACCUCUCUGCCUCCGUCUCCGCUUCCUCUUCCUGUUCACCUGGCCAAUCAGAACCCCAUCAGACUCCUGCCCUCCCAGUCACCACUGCUGCGAGCACUGUCCCUCCAUCUGAUAUUCCUGUUGACACAGGGCGUAAAGCAACCAGCCCGACAAAGACCGGUCACCGCAGGGUAAUGUCAGAAGGUGGCGGGGAGCUCUCUCCUUUUCUGCCUCCCGAAAUCUUCCAGAGACUACAAACAGUGGAGUCACAGGACACAAGCAAAAAGGAGCUGACACCCAUUGAAGAAGCAUCACGUUUAAACCAGAAGUUGAAAGCCAAUUAUGAAGCUCGUCUGGCAAGGCUCACACCUGGUCAGGCCUACCAGAAGACAUCUUUGACGCUCUCCCUCCAGCGGCAGAUGAUGGAGAAUCUCAUCAUAGCCAAAGCCAGACAGGAUGCUCUUCAGCGGAAGAUGGAGGAAAGAAGACUGAGACUGCAGGAAGAGGCCAACAGGCGAUUUGCAGCUUCUGGCGCAAUGACUACGGAGGAGCAAGAGCAGCGUAUUCUCUAUACCAAUGUACUGGAAUACGAGCAAGACCAUGAUUGGCCCAAACUGUGGAAAGCCAACAUGAGGAAGAAUCUUGAUGAUAUGACAUUAGUGUCAGGUCUAGUCUCCUACCUGCUCAGCCGGUCUGACCACCCAGUGGUGAAGCUCCUGAGGAAACACCAGUACCGGAUUUACAACAGGCUCUACCCCAUAGUCAGUAAAGGCCUCCCCCAGAGUCCCGCCUUAUCCCUGAGGCCUUCUCGUAGCACUCACAACCUUCUUCAUGCAGAGAUCCAGAGGAAGCCCACCAGGAAUGUAGGCAAUAGCGUUGGUGGCCAGAGUUUCAGCGCCGGCUCAUCCCCCUCAUUCUCUCACGACCUCCACGCCAACUAUGAUGAAGAGGAUGGGGACGAGCCUCACACACAGCUGACGGUGGAUCGGGAGAACUCGUUUGAAGACCUGGAACAGUUCCUGACCCAGUUGGACUGGGCCCCGCCCCACGGCAGUGCAGAUGACACUGGCUCAGAUCUAGACACAACCUGUGAUCCCUCGAUGCAGCCGGAGCAGGAAGAAGGAAACAUCCAGGAGCUGGAGAUUAGAGCGUUGACGGAACACCUGAAGGCCGUUGUCAAGGACAUCCAUAUUGCAAUUGAUCAGCUUCUGUCACUGUGUUUGCUGUCCUUUGAGUGUCUAAACACAGCCAACUCUAAAGACCUGUGCCUCGCCAGCAUAGAGGAAGCCUUCUUUACGCCCCUGUGGAGUGCCCUUGUGGCUCUUUUCAGGAAGGUCCACAGGGAAAGGGAGCAGGCCUUUGAGACAAGCAUGAAGCUUUACCAGGACAUUUCACCCAGAGAUGUCGGUGUUUCCUUGAAACUGUUCCCCCAGGACCCUGGCGCACUACAAGGGUCCUACCCCUACGAGUCUGCUGUUCAGGAGCUUAGGCUUCUCAUUAUAGACCGCUGUCCACAGAGGAAGUUGGAAUGUAUUGUUCGGACAUUACGGCUGAUCUGUGCCUGUGCUGAGGAUUACAGGUGUCUUCACGAGGUGGACUCUACACCUAAAACAGCUGCCAUCGGUGCAGAUGACCUGUUGCCCAUCCUGUCCUUCGUAGCUCUGCGGUCCCAGUGUCCUCAGCUGGUAUCUGAAUGUGCUGCCUUGGAGGAGUUCAUUCAUGAAGGCUAUUUGAUAGGAGAGGAAGGCUACUGUCUGACCUCCAUGCAGAGUGCCUUGGCCUAUGUUGAGUCACUGCACACAGGAGGAGCUCAUCUUCCCGCAGACAAGCUCACCUGAAAAAGGCUGCUACAGUCACAAGAGGACCUUCCUGGCAGUUCUUCCUGCAUUCCCUGCUGCGCUACAGCUGAACCUGCAGCCUCCUGCAAGUUAUUCUGUACACACAGACAUACUGUACAUUUAACAGAAGGACCUUGUUUUACACUGUUUCUAACAGAGGACUAAACCAGUGCCUAUGAGUUGUUUUUUACCAAAUCAGACCCCUGUAUGGGGCUUUGCUGGGACCUCUAAAGGCGUGUUUUCAAACUGUAAGGCAUUUUAACUAGCACUGGAUUGUUAAAGGGACUAUUGUAUGUGGUUGAGGUUGGAGUUGACUUAGGGUUCCUUUUGGAAAAACCUGCAGUAUGAUUUAUUAAUGAGGUAAUAUAUUUGUAAACCAUAUUGUAGGACAAAAAACCUACAAACUCAAAACAGACUGUGUAUGUGUGUGUUCAUAUGUUUUUAAAACUGAUGUCAAAAUCCAUCCACAGACUGAAUUCGAAAUAUAAAUGUAUGCACUUUGGGUGUUGAAGUGUUCAGGGGUGAGGCUACACUGGAUGAUGGUUUUUGAGUUCUAUCUGCAGACAGACGAAACAAAACAUUUAAGUUGGGUAGUACUUACUGUAGGUAGUAAUACUGUUGCACUUUUUGUGUGUGUUUGGGUUGCUUGUAAGACAAUUUGCAAGCCAAGCCACGGGGGACUGCAGAUACAUGUGACUGAAAUUAUGAAUUUGUUCAAUAACAUUUGACUUGUCUGUGUGCAUACACUUCCAUAUUUAGCUUAAAGCUGCAGUAUGUAACUUUUAUUAAAAUAACCUUUUGUCAUAUUCACUGAAACUUUCACUGUAUCCUGACAGUAGUCCAUGAGACAGAUAAUCUGUGAAACAAUCAGGUUCCUCUGAUGACUCCUAGUGCUCCUAAUGGUAUUUGCAAGAAUCCAGUGUGAGUGAGACUCAACAAUCCGCUAUCCUUCUCGGCGCUGAUUGGUUGUUUUUGUUCGGGCCCGGUAGAUUCUCGUAAAUAUAAGGAAUGCUAGGAGAAGGUGAUUUUCACAGGCCAUUUUACACUUUUCACCCAUUUCUCAAUGAUUCCCUUGAUGUCUACAGGGGCCCAAAUUUACAACCAUAGGAUGGCAGCAGGAUGGCAGCAAAAUGCCAACCUGUAAAUUUGGAAAUUGAUUAGCCAUCUUGUGGUGCUUGGAUAAUAUAAGUUGAAUGGUAUUAAAGGGAUUGAGUCAUGUUGAUUUGGCUCCCUUACUGAUAUUUGACAUUUUCUAAAUUAAGUCCUUCAGGCUGUUUGGUUUUAAAUACAUGCCAAAUGUGGAUGUUUACCUGAAAUAUUCUGGUGUUUUUUUUCUGCAAAUCACAUUAACUUUUUUUAAAGCAUGCCUUUUUCUUUUUUCUUCAGUGUGCAGCAAGGUAAAAAAAAACAAUGUCUUUCACAUCUUAAUGUCAAGCAGGUUUCAUGUGUUUGAGUCAAGUUUGUAAUGCAUGAAUGAAUAAAUGGAAACCAAAAGCUCCUGGAAGAAGGGCGUGAAAACAUUCAAAUAUCUUUAAUCAUGGUAUGUAAAUGACACUUUAUGUGUAAUAAAUGGGCUAAAAUAAGCAAAAAUAAUGUUUGGCUUGUGUUUCAAAGACGCCCCUAAAGCAGACUUUCUUCCAGUGUCGCUUACAGACUGAAAAAAUAGUUUUAUAAAUUGCCAUUUCAUUUAGUUUGAUUUGUUUGUUUGCUUGAAUGUACUAUUUAAUUUUUUUUAUUUUGUGUGCGUCCAAAAGAUGUGAAAAGAUGUCUUAAGAAUUGUUUUGGAUUUAUUACUACUACCUACAUUUUGUGACAUUAACACCAAAAACAGAUUUAUGUCUAUGUAAUAAAUGUUUAUGUAAUUAUAAUAAAAAUGGAUGCUGUGAUAUUUUAAGUGUACUGAACCACUGCAUUUAUGUAAAUGACUUAUUGUUUUGCAUAGCAUUUAAAAACUGAAUGUGACACUUCAUUAUGAAACAGUUUUACUGUAAAAGGAUGGGAAUGUUAGAAUGAGAGUGGUGAAUGUGUGUUUUUGAGAGUUGGUUCAAUAAAGAGAAA